AUAUCUUCGUGAACAGUUUUCAGAGCCUGAGAACAGGAAACUAGUUGGAAGUUUUUGAACGGACACCUUUGCUUCUCCAGAUUGAAGCUCAUCUGAACUCUGCUGGCCUCCACAUUCCUUUUCAUUGUGAAAGCCUCAGAACACUCUUGGACCACUUCUUCGGAAAACCCUUCUACUGGCAGCAAGUCAUUCACUGUGAUCCUGUUCAGCAUAGCCACAUUUGAGUUUUCCAAGUCUAAAGAAGACUGCUUUUGGUUUUCCCAUGAAGCUGCAUCAUUGUCUGUCCAUCUUAGUGGUGGUCACUCUCCUGCCAGCUGCUAUGGUUUUGGGAGAUGUGGGAGCAAAUCAUAGUUCCCACAAUGCAUCAUUUCUCCCGAGCUUUGAACUCCCAGCACGUUCUUACUCUAGUGAUGAUGUCAUCAUAGCCAAAGAGGGAACAAACGUUUCCCUGGAGUGUCUUCUCACGAUGGAUCAGUAUGAAGAUGUCCACUGGUACAACUCAAAAGGACGGCGGCUACAUGGCAGAGAUGGAAAAUGGUUGGUUUCUGACAACUUCCUAAAUAUUACCAAUGUAGCCUUUGAUGACCGUGGGCUCUAUACGUGUGUCGUCACCUCUCCAACUCAUGCCUCCUACUCAGUCACCCUCCGUGUGAUCUUCACCUCUGGGGACAUGAGUGUCUACUACAUGGUUGUCUGCCUGAUCGCCUUCACAAUCACACUCAUCCUGAAUGUCACUCGGCUGUGCCUGAUGAGCACCCAUCUCCGAAAGACUGAGAAGGCCAUCAAUGAGUUCUUCAGGACUGAAGGAGCUGAAAAGCUCCAGAAGGCCUUUGAGAUAGCAAAGCGCAUCCCCAUCAUCACCUCAGCCAAAACCCUGGAGCUUGCCAAGGUCACCCAGUUUAAGACCAUGGAGUUUGCCCGCUACAUUGAAGAACUGGCCAGAAGUGUCCCUCUCCCACCCCUCAUUCUGAACUGUCGGGCCUUUGUUGAGGAAAUGUUUGAGGCUGUGCGAGUGGAUGACCCUGAUGACAUGGGAGAGAGAAUUAAGGAGAGGCCAGCCUUGGAUGCUCAAGGUGGCAUCUAUGUGAUUAACCCAGAGCUGGGACGCAGUAACUCACCUGGUGGGGAUUCAGAUGACGGCUCUCUCAGUGAGCAAGGCCAGGAGAUAGCAGUGCAGGUGUCUGUCCACCCUCAGUCAGAGACCAAAAGUAUUGGGACAGAUUCUCAAGACAGCAGCAAUUUCAGCACAUCCGAUGAGCCUGCACCUGCUGAGGGCAGCACUCACUGCUGAGUGACAACUGACAGCUUGCCCAGUGCUCAGGAAAGGAGCCUGCUAUGAAGAAUAGCAUUAUUAUAAGAUGACCAGGGUAAGAUGACCAGGGUCCUCUCUUUAACCUUAAGCACACCAGACUAUGAAUUGCCAAAGUCCUUGUGAAAAGGCAAUAUUUUUCUGAUAUUUGGUCAUUUUCUUUAAGGUUGCUGGAGUGAUGUGUGCUAAGACUGAAAACUACCUGAGCUGUUAACACAGUGAGGCUUCUUUUCUGGUUACAGUUUUUCUUUGGCUCGUGUGUGACACAUCAAAAAAUGAGGGAUUUGUUCUCAGCGAGUCGUGUCUGGCCCAACACUUCCUAACUGUCGCACCUGUGAGUCAGCCUUGCACUAGACCCUUGGUCCCUCUCUUGAGACUUUAUUCUGCACUGUAGCUGUCUACACCAGUGCCACACGUGGAGAUGCCCUGCCCUGAGGAGUGAACAGCCCCAUGUGCUGGGCCAGAUCUUUUCAGUGAGCACUACUGUGUUACACACGUCCAGAGAGUAAAUUGCCAUUAGAAAACCAUUCUCACUACCAUUGAAGGUAGCACACACCUUCAAUCCCAGCACUCAGGAAGGCAGAAACAAGCAGAUCCCUGAGUUCAAGGCCAGCCUGGUCUAUGGAGUGAGUUCCAGAAUAGUUUUUAGAGAUACCCAGUCUCCAAAAACAGAAGAAGAAAACAAGAAGAAAAGAAAAAACAUUCUCAGUGAGAAAUGUGUCCUUCUUGGGAGUACAUCGUGUCUUUAGCUUACUAAGACCUUUAGUCCAGUGAGGCUGGCCUCAGUGUCCCCAAGGAAGAAUGUUUUCAGUGUUUUGUGAGCAAGAAUGAUGUCAAGUCAUCUCUUUCAAAUCAUUAAUUUUGAUACUUCUUAAUAUUGUCUCGGGCUUCCUUCCUUUUCUUAAAAGUACUGAAUUCCCAAGCAAGCUCUGUUUGGGUUGAGAACUGAAGAAUCCACUUUAGAGCAAGCUCGGCAACACUCCUGCCCUCUGUGGUCCUCAACCUGGUGCUAAAGGUGAUACACCUAUUCUAGUCUCACUGAAACUCAUCAUUGCUGGAGUUUUUGUUCUUUGAAUGUGUCCUUUUGAGUGAGGGCUGCCGUUGUAGCCUUUCUAGAAGCACUUACCUGAACUCAGAUGAGAUCAUUGUGUUCGGUGAGUUAUUGUAUUAAAACAGAUAAUCCAGCCGUAAGGUGGGAAAUGACAGAUAGUGCCACCUGGCUCAUCUGGAUACAGUGAGCACUGAAGCUGCCACUUCCCGCCUGGCCAAGAAUGACAGGACUGAUUAUAAGUAAUCUUCACAAUCAUCUCCUCGGCUGCAGGAAGCUCUUGUAGAAUUUUAACAUCGUGGCCGGGGAGCUCAGUGAGAUGCUUCUCUUCAUUUGGCUUCUAGUUGUGGAAGCACUGCUUGAAUUAGAAGGUCCCGAGGGAAUGUGCAGAGGGGGUGUUCGUUGGAAUUGAAUUUGAAGUGUCAAACAAGCAGAGGAUGACAGAAAUUGACAGUGUAACAGUGAACUCAGUGCCUGCCUUUGUCCAGGUUUAUCAAAUAUGACGCCUCUGCCCUGGACAGAGUGAACGAAUCAGUGUGCAGUGUGAUCAGCUGGCAUAUGGAUAAUAUGGUAAUGCUGCCUUUUCUAUCUCUCAGGCUGUUUCCAUGGAAACCUCCAGAGCCAAACAAAAGCUACCAAUCAUUUAACCAAAAAGCUUGCCUUGGCUCAGAGAUGUGUCUUUCUUUAAGGAAAGCUGUUUUUGUACAUUUGGCUGUAGAACAAGGGCUCUUGAACAUACCCUAAAUUAUAGAACAUGUUUUCCCUUCUUACACCGUUCUCUGGACAAAUUAAAAUUUUUAAGAAUCUCUUCUGUGGGGUCACAAUCUCCUGAAUGUCCCUCAGAUCUGCAGUCCCUUACCUGAUAAAGCAGGUUUGGGAUCUCUUCUUACAAUGAAGUUUGUUGCCUUAAAUACUGGUUCUACACCACAUGUUCCUAGAAGGGACAUUAAUGUCUUGAACUUUAAUUUAAUGACCAGAGUUUAAGAAAAUAGUACUUUGCAAAAAUGGAAAAUACCAAAACGAUUGGGUAAAUUCUCAUAUUUCAUGCAGGCCACUCUACUGUAGCCUGGGCCAGUUGUCAUGGAAACAUAAAACAGGCACUGGGUGUGGUAGGACACACCUGCAACCCCAGCACAUGGGAGGCAGGGGCAGGAGAAUUGCAAAUUCUAAGCCAGCCUGAGCUAUCUAACAAGACCCAGGCACCAUAAACUAACCAGUGGGCAUGCAGUUGGGGAUGGGGUCCAUUUCCCUACAUGCACUAAGCCUGGACUUGAUCCCACCAGCGGUGGUAACCUACCUGGUGGCCAAAGCUACUGCCCUGCUUUGAGCCUUCCUUCCAAGUUCCAUCACCAUAAGGUAGGUCAAAGCCAGGAGGCGUGGCAGACUAGUAAAGCUGGUUAUCAGAGUGAGGGGACAUUUGUUAACGUGUCCUGCGUCUAAUCAAAUAGAUGGACUCAGCACAGACUCGUCUGUCUGUAAACCUUCGCUGUUGUUACCAGCUGGUGUCAGUAUCUCUGUCUGGUUGAGUUUUAUAGGUUAGAUUUUUUUAAUGCCUUUGAGCACAAACUGUGUCUAAAAUAAGUCUGUCACCAUAUUGUGAAUUUUGUAUUGUCAUUUAAUGAACUUCAACGUUCUUACAGAAUUAAUAGUUGUGAUUCCAUCAUCUUCACGUCUUUCCACACAUGCGCUCUGAGCUGAUGCCCUGUUGUCUAUAGCAGUUUGGUAACCCCAGUCCUCAAAGCCGUAUUUAUUAUGAUUUAAAUUUUUUUUAUGAAGCAGAUCUUGCCAUAUUGUUCAACCUGGCUUCAGAUUUUAUCCUCCAGUCCCAGCCUCCUGUGCUGUGCUGGCCUUCACAUCUGCCUUUGUCGCAAUUUGUAGUAGGCUGGACUUGAACUUGAAAUAAUCCUCUUGCUUCUGUCUCCCAAACACUGCGGUUACAAUUUAUGUGCCACUGGGUCUGACUUUUUGGCUUGAUUCUUGAGUCAGGCCCAGUCCACUACACACAGGUCUAUUUCCUGUCCACUACACACUGAUAUAAACAUUAUCAGAACUGCUGCCAAGGGACAGUUGUGAGAAGCCCCCCUUCUGCUACUUUGUCUCCUUUCCACAUGCUUAAGAUCAAUUCCCAUCCACAUGCCACUUCCUCUUCAGUCCCCGAGCCUCGAGAGCGCUUGGACCAAUGCUUUCUUUCUCUAUACCUUGCAUGUGGUUUCACCCUACAGCAGACUAAGCUGGGUCCCUGACCAUCCCAGGAGGCUUCAUGCUUGCUGUCUAGAACCCAGCUCAGCCCAGUGCUGGCUUCAUCCCCACACCAGUGAUUGCAACUCUAGUGUACCCUCUUUCCAGAGCCACAUCUUCUCCCCUGGGCAGGAGCGUGACAAUACUCAGCCUCAUGAAAACUUGGGGUGCUUAUGGAUUUGUCUCACCAAGGAAAUGAGUGUUGUUUGAUAGUACUUGUGUCUCAGCCGUUAUUUUAAUAAAAACUUGAAUUAAAAAGUCAGAGUUGAAUGUAGUACAUUAAAUGGAAUGUUUGAGUCCACAGAGGAGGUUUCUUCUCAAGGAUGAUCCAG